CAUUGAUGUCCAACUACCGCGAAACCUCAAAGAAGAAGCGGAAACACAACCGUGAGCUAGCUAGAACGAGGAGUUGCUAACCGAUUUAUGAGACCUGACAAAACAUAAUAGUGUAAAGUAAUCCUAAAAACGACAAACGGUUACCGCUGUCAGCGGAUCAUGCGGCUCUCUAAAAGGUAAUGAGCCGUAAAGCCUCGGGGUCUCGGCUCAGCGGCGCCCAUAAACUGCAGCCUCACUGGAAUGACUGGCAGCCCAGAGUUGACAGUGUGUUAUCCAGCCAGGACGGAGUAAAGUCCAGAGAGCUUGGUUCAGCAGCAUUGUACAACGUGUUGCCCUCCAGCUGCCCUGACCAUCCAGUGGUGCCCAGCAAUGCCUAUGCUGCUGCAGAUACACACCAGGAAGAGGGUGAAUAUGAAGCUGGUCAAGGCGUCUGUGAUAAUACGGUUGGUUGGAAGUCGGUGGGGCAAGAGUUGAGGCCCAAUGACUUGACAACAGAUUUGACUCCUUUUCAGCAUGGAAACCGUGCUUUAGCUUCAAAGGACAUGAAGAAAUCGCAGGACAGAGGGAUGGCUCACUCAGAGGAGUCUCGGCUGGCCAACCUCCUGCGCCGAGUCUCCAGGGAAGAUGAUCGCGACCGCAGGCUGGCCACCCUUAAACAGUUGAAGGAAUUCAUCAGCCAUGGCGAGAGCAAAGUGACCCUGGUCAAACAGCUGGACACCAUCCUCAACAUCUUGAAUGAUAUUUUGAAUGAGAGCAGUAAACUGUUGUGGGAGUUGCGUCAGGAUGCAGCAGCCUGCCUGGGUCUCCUCUGCACUGUGCUCAGCUACGAGGCUGAGCGUAUCUUCAAGUGGCUUUUUCUCAAGUUAACUUCAAGCAGUCGUGACGAGGUUAAGCUCUUGUACCUGGUUGCAGCACAGCGUGCUUUGGAGGCUGCUGGUGAGAGGAAGGCCUUUUCUCAAGUCAUGCAGCUGGUGAUGAGCAACCUACAGUCCAUCUUGGAGAAUGUUGACACACCAGAGCUGCUUUGCCAAAGUGUGAAGUGUAUUCUUCAGGUGGCUCGCUGCUACCCGCAUGUCUUCAGCACCAACUUCAGAGACACAGUAGACAUCUUGGUUGGUUGGCACAUUGACCACACACAGAAGCAGUCAGUGACUCAACAAGUUUCAGGCUGGCUGCAAAGUCUGGAGCAGUUCUGGGUGGCAGACCUGACCUUCUCCACCACAUUGCUGGGACAGUUCUUGGAGGAUAUGGAGGCAUAUGCAGAGGAUCUGAACCAUGUGGUGUCAGGUGAGGCCCUGGAUGAAGACAUCCCCCCUCCAUCGGUGUCACUGCCAAAACUAGCAGCUCUACUGAGGGUUUUCAGUACAGUAGUCCGCAGCAUCGGAGAGCGAUUCAGCCCCUUCAGAGGACCACCUAUUACUGAGGUCUACGUCACAGAUGUUCUGAACCGGGUCCUUACCUGUGUGACUACAGCGAAACAGGUCCAGUUCUCAGAGGCCGUUCUCACAGCAGGAAAUGAAUGUGUUGGUGUGUUGCUGGCCAGCGUGGAACCCUGUGGUCAUCUAAUGGAAGCUGUCCUAGCCUAUGGUCUGGACCAGCUGGACUGCUGCCAGACCUGUGGCUCAGACUACAAUCUGGCAGUGCUCAGCCUCCUCACUCUGAUAGUGGACCAGAUAAACACAAAGCUGCCGGCAACCUUUGUUGAGAAAUUGUUGGCACCUGACUCCCAGCUGCUGAAGCUGCGCUUCCAUAGAGAGAAAGAGGUGAUGUCAGCUGUUCAUGGUGUGUACCAAGCACUUUUAAGCCUGAAAAACAUUCCAACACUGGAAGCAGCUUAUAAAAUGGUAUUGGGCGAGAUGGCAUGUGCCCUGUCUAGCCUGAUGGCAACCAUGGAACCCAGUGGUGGGGUACCAGCACCUGUUGGCCCCUGCCCCAACAUCCAGCACCCUGCUUUUGCAUCCCUCACCUUACCCCAGGAGAAGGCCCAGUUCACCGUCAUCUUCAACCUCAGCACCCUUACCACUAUUGGCAACACCAAAAACUCUCUCAUUGGGAUGUGGGCGUUGUCUCCUACGGUGUUUGCUCUGCUCAGUCACAAUCUGAUGCUGGUCCACUCUGAGUUGGCAGUCUACUAUCCUGCCAUCCAGUAUACUGUGCUCUACACCCUGUACUCCCACUGCACAAGACAUGAUCAUUUCAUCUCAUCCAGUCUGUCCUCAUCUUCUCCCUCCUUGUUUGAUGGCGCCGUCAUCAGCACUGUGACAACAGCGACAAAGAAGCAUUUUAGCACACUGUUAAGCCUUCUGGGAGGUCUGCUGGUGAAAGAGCACCUCUACCUGGAGACCAGGAGGCUGCUGCUGACUUGGGCUCAGGAAAUUUCUGUACUGAUGAAGUCAUCAGACACCUAUAGCCCUCUGUUCUCCUUGCCAUCCUUCAACAAGUUCUGCAGGGGCCUGCUGGCUAAUGGUCUGAAUGAAGACCAGAGUAUCAGCCUUCAGACCUGCCAUAGCUUACAACUCCUCUCUUCAUCUCUAUCUACUGAGCUACUGCAGAGGUGUGUGGAUGUGUGCAGGGUACAGCUGGUCCACUCAGCAGUGAGGGUCAGACAGGCCUAUGGCAAACUGCUACGGACAGUUCCUCUUGAUGUGGCUUUGAGUAAUCACAGCAACCCUGAGAUGAGGGAAAUCUCACUGGCCAUCCGCCACCACAUGAACCGAGGACCAAGCAGCACCUUCCACCCCCAGGACUUCAAUGACCUCAUCAGCUUCAUCUUAUAUGGGGUGCUGCACCGUGGAGGCAAGGAUCCUUGGCUGGAACGCCUGUACUACAGCUGCCAGCGGCUGGAGAAACAGGAUGGUCGAGGAGGUGCAGAUGGCAACAGGCCGGGUGUAGUGCCGCGGGCACUGUUGAAAACUGAGGUGGUGCUGUGGCAGUGGGCAGUGUGGGAAGCCGCACAAUUCACCGUACUGUCCAAACUGCGCACGCCGCUGGGCCGAGCUCAGGACACCUUCCAGACCAUUGAAGGUAUGAUCAGAAGCCUGGCUGCUCACAGUCUGAACCCAGAACAGGAUGUUGGAACGUGGGUUGGGGCUGGAGGAGAUGGGGAUAGUCACCACUCCAAUCAGCUCCGCCUUGCUCUGCUGCUUCAGUAUCUGGAGAACCUGGAGAAGCUCAUGUACAAUGCCUAUGAGGGCUGUGCCAGUGCUCUCACCGCCCCCCCAAAGGGUAUCAGGACCUUCUUCUACACCAACCGACAGACAUGCCAAGACUGGCUGACGAGGAUCCGCCUCGCGCUGAUGAGAGUCGGUCUUCUCUCUGGUCAGCCAGCAGUAACCGUUCGCCAUGGUUUUGACCUGCUUACAGAGAUGAAGAACAGCAACACCCAGAAUCCAGAGCUGGAGGUUCCUCUGACGUUACUGGUGGAGGCUCUGUGUGAGCUACAUUGUCCUGAGGCCAUCCAGGGCCUGGCAGCCUGGAGCCUCUUCACCACAGGCAGGAGUCUGGGCUGGCUGUCGUCAGUUGCCCUGCAGGCUGAUGGGCGGUUUGAGAAGGCAGCUCUAGAGUAUCAGGAUCAGCUGUCUGCAGUUACAGGGAUGGACUGCAGCAUCAAAAGCGCCGAAUGCUGUCUGCUCAAAUUCUCCAACAACUCGAGUAGUCCCAAACAGACCAGCAACGGUGACAGCAGGAAGACGGUGCUGCUUAAGUCCAGUGAGUGCUCUCCUGAUUUGAUCAACUUCCUGGCCAACAAAGCGUGUCAGUGUUAUGUGGCACUCUGUGAUUGGGCAUCUGUUAAGCAGUGGCAGGUCACCAUCAAUGCCCUCAAACAGAACUCCGCCAAUCCCGUCAGCAUCAACCUGAGGACGGAUUUCAACUACAUCCAGGCUUUGAGCUGCUUUGAGGAGGGAGAUCUGGCAGAGUGUGGGGCUCAGCUCGAGUUGCUGCCCGGAGAGGACUACAGCUCGUUGUCCAGCAGUAAGGACAAGCUGGAUCUAAAGAGGCUUCUGCCCUCAAUGAGUCCAGAUCCAACUGAGCUGCACAGAGCCAUUGAAGUGCAGCUCCUUCGCAGCUCUGUCAGCGCCAUGACCAAAGCCGCUCGGCAGCAGGAGCCGAGAACCGCAUCCAAUUCCGAUACGUUGGUGCGCUGCCUGAAACACACUGGACGGAUCUGCUUGGGUCCUCUUCGCCUGUCCACCCUCACUCUUUCUGACGCCCUUCCCACCCUUCCCACCCUGCAGCUCCACUGCACUGCCACCUUGGAGAACACGCUCACUGGACAAGAAGGCUGUGUGAUUCCUCUAUGCAGUGAGGCUCUGAACUCCUGUAAGCAACAGGAUGUCCAGCCUUUCCUUCAGGCCCUCAGAUACACCACGUUCCAGAGACAACUCCUCCACAGGGUCAAAGGUUACUCUUCCUCCAUCGAUGGCUGCCUAAUGGAGCUUUGUCUGACUGCUGCCAAAUUUGCCCGAAAAAAAGGCAACAUUGUUCUUGCAUCCCGCCUGCUCAGUCAGUGGAGUGAAGGGACGCAAGACGAGGGGCAGCCAGAUGAGUUGAGCCAGGCCUUCAAGCUUCUCAGCUUGGAGGGCACUCUGGGAGAGAAAUGGGGACCAGAGCUGCAGAUAGAAAAAGCCAAAGUCCUGAGAGCUGCAGGUCAGUCCAUGACAGCCAUGGAGAUGUUGAGCAGGGUCGCUCUGUCCUACUGCCACGUGGGGAAGAAUGAAGGCGCUGCCUGCCGCUCACUGCUGACGCUCUGCAAAUGGCUAUUGGCUGACUGGAAGGAUAUGACACCUCAGCUUAAACAGGUGGUAAAGAAAUCAGGAGCAGGAAAGACAACUAAUGCUGUGGGCGGCAUGUCUCCUCUCGGCCAUAAUAUCUCUGCUCUGCUGGAGCUUCCACUUGAGGAACAAGGCAUUUCCCACAUCAUCACUGAGACCUCGGUGAGUGUGGGUGUUGGGGAGCCAGACUUUGUGUUGGGCCAACUCUACCAGCUAUCCACCAGCCUAGCUCCAGAGAUGGCAAAGUCCUGGGCAGCCCUGGCCAGCUGGGCUUACCGCUGGGGCCGGAAGGUGGUGGAUAAUGCCAGCCAAGGGGAGGGAUUGCCUCUUCUUCCUGGGGAGAAGAAGGAGAUAGAGGAGCUGCUACCAGCAACCACCAGUGAAGAAGACAAAGAGACAAUAUUCAGCAUUCUCGGACAAGCCAUGUGUCGACCUACUGGCAUACAGGAUGAAGACAUGACUCUGCAACAGGAAGACGAUGAGGAUGACAUGGUAGAUGUGAUUUGGCGGCAACUCACUGGCUCCUGCCCCUGGCUGGGAGAAGCAGGCCAGCCUGUUACAGAGGGUCUCAUCCGGGUUUGGAGACGGGUGGUAGGCCGCAUCUUCGGCCUCUACAGGAUUUCUUGCCAAGCCUAUUUUACUUUCCUCAAGCUCAAUUCUGGAGAGAUCCCUAUAGAUGAGGAUGAUCCCAAACUCCUGCUGUCCUGUCACAACAGUAAACAGAGCAAUGACGACGUGAUCGUCAUGGCUACCUUGCGUCUCCUCCGUCUGCUAGUGAAGCAUGCUGGUGAACUCAGGGAAGAGCUGGAGCUGGGCUUAGCUUCCACUCCUACAUCACCUUGGAGGGGUAUCAUCCCCCAGCUUUUUUCUCGUCUCAACCAUCCAGAAGCAUACAUCCGACAGAGCAUAUGCAACUUGCUAUGUCGAGUGGCCCAGGACUCUCCACAUCUUAUCCUUUACCCUGCCAUUGUGGGCUCACUAUCCCUGGGAGGAGAAGCUCAGAAUGCAGGGAGUAAAUUGCCGUCGGCUUUGCCCACCUUCUUGGGCAGCAUGCAGGGAGAGGGCCUAGUGGAGGAAGAGCAACCAGACAGCAGCGAGCAAGGAGGAGCUCCAGAAGAGCUGGCAGCCUUCUACUCCAGUCAAGACCAAGCCAUGAUGCAGGACUGUUACAGCAAAAUCGUGGAGAAACUGUCUUUUGCAAACCCUACCAUGGUGCUUCAGGUCCAGCAGCUGGUGGGUGAGCUGCGCAGAGUGACCUUACUGUGGGAUGAACUGUGGCUGGGUGUGUUACAACAACAACACAUGCAUGUCUUGCGUAGGAUCCAGCAGCUGGAGGACGAGGUCAAGAGGGUGCAGAACAAUAACACACUGCGCAGGGAUGAAAAGAUAGCCAUUAUGCGUGAUAAGCACUCUGCUCUGAUGCGUCCCGUGGUUUUCGCCCUGGAUCACGUCCGUAGCAUAACAGCAGCUCCAGCAGAGACCCCACAUGAAACAUGGUUUCAGCAGACCUAUGGUAAUGCCAUCAUUUCUGCCCUGGAGCGGUUAAGGGAACCUGCCAAUCCCGCCAACCCUGCCAGCAGCUGGCUUCCUUUUAAGCAGAUCAUGAUGAGUCUGCAGCAGCGUGCUCAGAAGCGAGCCAGCUAUUUGCUUCGUCUGGAUGAGAUCAGUCCCCGCCUAGUGUCCAUGACCACAACAGAGAUAGCCUUACCAGGGGAGGUGUCAGCAUCAGAUGCUGUCACCAUUCAAAGCGUAGGCAAUACGAUCACCAUCCUGCCCACCAAGACCAAGCCAAAAAAGCUCUUCUUCCUUGGCUCAGAUGGACGCAACUACCCAUACCUUUUUAAAGGUCUGGAGGAUUUGCAUUUAGAUGAGCGCAUCAUGCAGUUUUUGUCAAUUGUAAACACCAUGUUCACAAAGAUCAACCAGCAAGAGAAGCCACGCUUUCAUGCCCGCCACUACUCUGUCACCCCCCUUGGAACCCGAUCAGGACUUAUCCAGUGGGUGGAUGGAGCCACACCACUGUUUGGCCUCUACAAGCGUUGGCAGCAGAGGGAAGCUGUGCUGCAGACUCAGAAGGGCCAAGACUCUUUGCAACAGCAGCAGCAGCCCAUGCCUCCGGUACCCCGCCCUAGUGAACUGUACUACAGCCGCAUUGGGCCAGCUUUGAAGGCAGUGGGGCUCAGUCUAGAUGUGACACGACGAGACUGGCCUCUCAGUGUCAUGAAGGAGGUGCUGAAAGAGUUAAUGGAAGCUACGCCUUCCAACCUGCUGGCCAAAGAGCUGUGGUGUUCCUGCACCACACCCAAUGAAUGGUGGAGGGUCACUCAGUCCUACGCCAGAUCCUCUGCCGUUAUGUCGAUGGUUGGUUACGUCAUCGGCCUUGGUGACCGUCAUCUUGACAAUGUGUUGAUUGACAUGACCACUGGCGAAGUGGUGCACAUUGACUACAAUGUUUGCUUUGAAAAAGGGAAGAGCCUGCGGGUGCCAGAGAAGGUCCCAUUCAGGAUGACCCACAACAUUGAGACCGCUCUAGGAGUCACUGGGGUGGAGGGCAUCUUCAGGUUGUCCUGUGAACAGGCAGUUCAAAUGAUGCGCCGUGGAAGAGAGACACUACUGACCCUGUUGGAGGCCUUUGUCUAUGAUCCCCUGGUUGACUGGACUGCUGGAGGUGAGGUGGGCUUUGCUGGUGCAGUGUAUGGAGGGGGAGGCCAACAGGCUGAAAGCAAGCAGAGCAAGAGGGAGAUGGAGAGGGACAUCACACGCUCGCUCUUCUCCUCCAGGGUGGCUGAGAUCAAGGUUAACUGGUUUAAGAAUCGUGAUGAGAUGCUGGCGGUGCUUCCACGGGUGGAAGAGGCUGUGGAAGAGUACUUGGUCCUGCAGGAACUGCUCUGCCAGGGUGAGAAACUACAAGCCAAACUUCAGGAGGAGAUGGCCUUCCUGGAGGGAGCAGAGAACCAUCCAGACCAUCUCAUUCUCACCCUGGAGCAAAGGUACUCUGAACACACCCAGCUCCAGUCGCGGCAGCGGACAGUGCAGGAGGCCAUUCAGAAUAAACUGGCUGACCUUGACCAGUGGAUAUCCCAGUACCAGGCAGCAUUUUCCAGCCUGGAGGCCACCCAGCUGGCCAACCUGCUCCAAGACAUCAGCAGCCCCAUAGAUCUUGGUCCUCCUAGCUAUGUACCAGCUACAGCCUUCCUGCAAAAUGCAGGCCAGGCGCACCUGAUCAGCCAGUGUGAGAGUCUGGAAGCGGAGGUGAGCUCCUUGCUUCAGCAGCGCCGUGGAGCCCUUCGUGGCUGCCUGGAGCAGCUCCACAGCUAUGCUACAGUGGCUUUGCUGUACCCACGGACAACCCUGCUGCUCCACCGUGUCCACCAGUGGAAAGCCUGGUUGGAGGAACUGCUGACAGACAUGUCAGUAGAGCACUGCCAGCACAUCUGCAGACAGUAUGAAGUACUAUUUGCUCCUCAGGCUCCUGCAGGCUCCUGCCAGUUCCUGUCCAGUGUGGAGUUGACUUUGCAGCACCAAGUAGCUGACAAUAAUGAACGUGUGAUGCAGCAAGCAGAGAGACUCAAGGCUGAGGGCACAAAUGCAGCAGCCUGCGAGGAGCAGCUGCAGGAGAUUGAGCACUGCAUAACAGUGUUCCUCCGGGAGAACGGAGAGCCAGGCUCCCUCAGUCUGGCUGGCAUCAUCACCUCUGCCCUCUGUACACUCUGCAGGCAGAACCUGGUGAUGGAGAGUGCAGCUGCCAGCGCAGGAGAGCAGCUGAAAGACCUGACAUCUCGAGAUGGUGCGUGGUUCCUGGAGGAGCUCUGUAGUAUGACUGGUAAUGUCAGUGCCCUGGUAACACUGCUACAGCGCUGCACACUCCUGCACCAUGACCUGGAGCUGCCUGCACCCUCAGCCACCACCCAGGCUGUUUACCUGGCCAAUGCUGUGUACACCUGCUUGCAGGAACUGAACACCAACUUCCAUCAGAUCAUCUUUCCAGAGGCUCUGCGCUGCAUGGUAAAAGGAGAGCCCACCCUGGAGUCCAUGUUGGUAGAGCUGGAGCAGUUGGUGGAGCAGAGUUCUGACGGUCUUGGCCUGCAGGGUUUGGCCGACAGCCUGCAGGCCACCACGGGUGCGGACCAUGAUGGGCGCAACCGCUGUCUCCACAUUACAAGAAUGCUGCGUGCACAAUACUCUGAGCUGAUCCAGCCUCGAAGCAUGGAUGGACCGAAUCAGGACACACCAAAGAUGUCUGCGGGUCAAAUGUUGUUGGUGGCCUUUGAUGGCAUGUUCACCCAGCUAGAGAAUGCCUUUGGGCAGCUCACAGAGAAGCUGAGCUCCCUAGAGGUGCCCUCAGCCUGGAGGAAGGUGGAUGUUUUGAGGGAGACUCGGGCCACACAGCUCCACUUCUUUGACAGCCUGAAUCAGCGGCAGUUGAUGGAAGAAGUAUUCUUUCUAAAGAGACUGCAAACCAUCAGGGACUUCUUCAGGCUGUGUGCUUCCUUUGCUCAGACUCUGUCAGGUACCUGUCCAAUAGCUGACGACCUGUUACCUACAAAUGGACCAGUUGGUUUGGGGAAGUCACUGUACCGGCUUCCCACUGCGACAGGUUCAAGUGUGACAGUCAUCAGCGAGGAAAAGAUGACUCUCCCCAUCAAGGUCUUCACAGCUGAGUUUGUUCGGCAGUUGGUUUUGGGUCUGCCCAGCCAAGCCCUCGGCCUGGCCCUCUGCAGCACCCUGUCCCUCCUUGGCCUGGAUAUUGUUGCCCAGGUGGAGGCGAAAGACUUUGGUGCAGAGAGUAAGGUGUCACUGGAUGAGCUUUGUAAGAAGGCAAUGGAACAGAGCCUAGCAUCAGGUCAGGUCUCCCAGCUGCUGCUGAACAGAGCCACAGUGCUGGCCUCCUCCUAUGACACUGCCUGGAAGAAAGUAGACCUGCUCAGGAGGUUGGACACCAACCUGGAGGCAGCCAAAGCCAGUCUGCAAAGGAGCCAGCUGCACAUCGCCAUGUUUCAGUGGCAACAUGAAGAUGUUCUGGGCCCCACUAAUCAGCCUCUAAGUGUCAGCAUUCCCCCUCGAUCUGUCAUCCUCAGCAACAUGAAGAAAAAGCUGUACAAGCUGAGUCAGGAUGAGGGAGCCAUGGCUGCUAUUCAGGAGAAGUUGGUGUCAUUGGAGGGCAGCAUCGAGCAGCGUCUGAAGUGGGCUGGUGGAGCCAAUCCAGCGCUCGCCCCUGUUCUGCAGGAUUUUGAGAUGACCAUCAGGGAGAGACGUGCCAUGGUGGCCAGAGAGAACCAGCGCACCAGCCAGGUCACCUUCCUGUGUUCAACCAUCCUUAACUUUGAAGGCCUUCGGACCCGAUCCCCGGAGGCCCUCAACUUGGAUGCAGCUCUGUUUGAGCUACUGAAGCGCUGCCAGCAAACCUGUUCCUAUGCCGCCCAGUUUAGCAGCACAGUAUCUCCACUGGAGCUGCAACUAUUGCACAGACUGAGUCCCGUGCUGGACCUGCCCAUUGGUACUCCUGAUUGGCUAAGUUGUGCCCAGAGGCAGCUGGAGCAGGAGCUGAGUGUUGAGCGGAGGACUCAGGAAGAGCGGGAGCACCAGCUUGAGUCCUGUGGAGAGACACUGCAGCUCUUGGUUGACUCCAUUAAGACCAUUCUGUCCAACCACAACCGCCUACUGGCUGAUGUCAAGUAUCUGCUGAGAGCCAUGGCUAAGGAUGAAGAGACGGCGUUGGCUGAUGGUGAAGAGGUGACAUAUGAGGGCAGCGUGCGUCACUUCCUGUUGGAGUACAAAGCAUGGCAGGACAAUAUCCAGCUGGUUUUAUUCACUGUAGUCCAGGCCAGUGGACAGCCUCGUAACCAGGAGCAGCUUGAACUGCUGGAGGAUGUUCCUGCUACCCUGAAAGAACUGCACUCACAGAGCCAGAGUGUGUAUAAUGGCCUAGUGGGCUUCGCCUCUCCACUGGUGACAGACAGAGACAGUGAAUGUGCCAGUCCUGUUUCUGCAGCACAGACGAGCUUUGCAGCAGCUGUUAGAUGCAGUGGGGUGAAGACCCAGCCAGACUCAAUGUCCCAGAAUGCGCGUAAAGCUCUGCCACGUAACCUGGAAACCCCCACUGACACUCCACCCAGCACUGUGCUGAUGAACAGCAAAGGCCUUAACCCCAGUCCCAAGAGGGCUGUACGAGACCCGAAAACAGGACGAGCUGUCCAAGAGAGGAAUUCGUAUGCAGUCAGUGUGUGGAAGAGAGUGAAAGCCAAGCUGGAAGGCAGAGACGUUGAUCCCAACAGGAGGAUGAGCAUCACAGAGCAAGUGGACUUUGUCAUCAAGGAGGCCACCAACAUGGACAACCUAGCCCAGCUGUAUGAGGGCUGGACUGCCUGGGUGUGAAACACUAUGCUCCUUCAAUGUCUUUGGUCCGGCAAAGGCUUGUAGAUCCACACCAGAGUCCAGAGGGCCUAUGGUGUCGGAAGAACAGCACCCAGCCACUCUGGGGGGAGGAAAUGAGAAGCAGACGCUUAGUCCGCCCCCCACCUGGGGCAGUGGCCUCGUUGCAGCUCUGCAACCACACUCCCCCAACCCUCGGCGAUUGGGCUAACACAACUCUUAGUGGGCCUGCGGCCCCACUUUCUUUUCUGGUGUUUGACCAGGCAGAGCAGUGCCGAAUGGGAUGGAGGGAAAGGAGGGCAAAGGCCUCCUCACCCUCGACUUGGAAAUGCAUUUCCCCCCUUACCUGCUUAACACCCUUUCAGGUUGUACCCUUAAGCAUCGCUUCAUCCUGUUGAGCCAACCAAACUUCACCUCAGGUCAGGAUGAAACAGGAAGUGAGCAGUUUCUCUCUAAAGCGCAGCUGAUGUGCUGUGGGUAGGAUUUCACCGGGAUGCACAGGGACACACUUGUUUUUGUCAAAUCUUUUCCUCACUGGUGUUGUGAUUCCAAUUGGCCAGUGGGUUACGGUUGGGCAGGAUGGUGAGAAUGAAGGUUCAAUGGGAUUCCUAAGAAUACAUGGACAUCCACCUGAAAUGAAAAGAAAUUAAAGUGGGAAAACAAUAAUCAAAUUGUACUUUGAUUAGCAAUUAAGACGUCUUUGACAUGUCAGAUUUCCAAGAUUUGAAAGACUCGGUGGAGUUGUUUUCUCAGGAAGGUUGUUUGUGCUUUUUGUAAAUAAAACUAAAAUGUGCUGUCAUGUGAAAUAGUUUUGGAUGGCUUAAUUUUGAGCUUAGAUUGAACACAUAAAGAUAAAGUCACUUAUAAGAAGGAGAACCUCUGUCUCAUUCUUUUCUUUGGCGUGUCUUUAGUCUGUGUUGUGCUUUGUCACUGUCCUUAAUCCUUAUUUAAUAGAAGUGUAGUAGAAGAUUUCUGCCUUUUUUGACUUGCCUGUCAGAAGCUUUUGCUUAAUCAAUACAUACUCACUCCCCAUUCCCAAUGCUUGCAUUUUAUCAAUCUUGACCCUCUAGUUUUACAUUUUUAGUGGAAGAAAUUAUGUUUUUGGUGAUGGUGCAAAUGUUAAUUCUUAAAGCUUUUAAUGGAUUUUGUUGGAUGGCAAAUAAACAUGAAACUGAGAA